GGGAGCCCGGGAGGCGGAUCCGUAGGGGCGGGAGGGAGAGGCGGAGGCUCUGCCUGGCUCUACUUGAGCUGCCGGCCGGCGCGAUCGGGUUCCCAAAUCGGAUCUAACCAGAUUCCCUCGCGGAUCUCCAAGUCGGGGCUGCUCCGCGCCGCUUUGUUCCCAGGUGACACCAUGAGCUCCCCCGGCGUGACCCCAGAACUGGACAUGAAGGACGUGGAGCUGAACGAGAUGGACCCCGAAAAGCAGCCCAUGACCGCCUCCUCGCCCCUGGCUGGCUCUCCGGGCAGCCUGGGCGAGAAGAACGGGGUGGUGAAGGUGAAGAUGGAGGAGGAGGAAGAGGAAGCCGAGAUGGCCGCCAAGUUCACCGGCUUGUCGAAGGAGCAGCUGCUCCAGGUAGCCGGCACCCCCGCCUGGGUCCGGACUCGCUGGGCCCUCCUCAUCCUCUUCUGGCUCGGCUGGCUCGGCAUGCUAGCCGGAGCCGUGGUCAUCAUCGUGAAGGCCCCCCGCUGCAAGGAUCUCCCCAAGCAGGAAUGGUGGCAGAAAGGAGGGAUCUACCGGAUCCUGCAGGUGGAGGGCUUCCAAGAUUCGGGCAGCGAUGGCAUCGGGGACCUGACAGGGGUGAAAGACAGGAUGCAGUAUUUAAGUACUCUGAAGGUGAAAGGUUUUGUCAUCGGGCCUCUUCACGUCAAUCCCGUGGACCAGCCGGACAGCACCAACCUCCAAGACGUUGACCCAAAACUGGGCACCUUGCAAGAUUUCCAGCUUGUUUUAGAAGCUGCCAAGAAAAAAAAUGUGAAGGUUAUCUUGGACCUGACCCCUAACUAUCAUGGCCAGUUACCCUGGUUUAGCCGAGAUGUAUGGCUUGAGGGGGAUUUCCAGAACAAAAUGAAAGAAGCAAUCCAGUUUUGGCUGAGGAAAGGUGUCUCCGGAAUCCAGUUCGGAAGCAUCGAGCAUUUGAAUGAUCCCCAACUCUUUAGUGAGUGGAAGAACAUAACGGAACAAGAGGCUGUUGAUGAUCAGCCUGGGGUUCUGAUUGCCAUGACCAGUCGUAAGGAUGCUCAAGGGAUUUUCUCGCUUCUGAACGAAACCACAGGGGUGAACAUGCUAACCAGCCAGUAUCUUCAGGAGCUGGUGAAGCCUGAAGGGAAAGACACCACCACGCUGGGACUCACGGCCCAAACCCUGAUCAACGAUUAUAUCCAAGAAGCAGGAAACCGAUGGCCCAGUUGGAGCAUGGGUAGACCAGAUUUUGGACAUUUGGCCCAAUCUAUGGGGGAACAGUUGCUUCGGCUCCACCAUCUCCUCUUCUACACUUUGCCCGGGACGCCCUUCACCGAUUACGGAGAUGAAAUUGGCCUACGGGACAUGCCGGGACAGCCCGCGACAUCCAACAUCACACGCAUGCAGUGGGACAACUCGGCCAAUUACGGAUUCUCCAGAGGGGGGCAACAGCUGGAUGAAGGCAGCAACGUCACCGUGCAGGCGCAGCAGGGCCACAAGGGCUCCCUCCUGAGCUUCUUCCAGGAGCUGAGCGAGCUUCGAACCAAGGAACGCUCCCUCCUGCACGGCGACUUUCACCUGGUGCAAGGCUCGAACACGUCCGUCUUCUCCUACCUCCGGGUCUGGGACCAGAACAAGCGGUUCUUGGUGGCGCUCAACUUCGCCCCGCAAGAGAGAACCGUCUCCCUCCUCCACUCUCACCUCCCAGCCCAAGUAGAGGUGGAGCUCAGCACCCACCCCAGCCGGGAGAAGACGACGCUGGAUCUGCAGAACUUGAAGCUGCUCCCGUCGGAAGGGCUCCUUCUCAGCUUCCCCUACGUGGCCCCCUAGUCGGUCUUCUCCCGGACCCCUUUUCCAGGAGGAGGUGUGCCUUGAAUUCCUCAAAAGAAGACACUCCAGCUAAGGAUGUCUCUCCGGAACUUGCUAACGUCCUUCUUCUCUAUCCAACCAAGGAUGUCCCUCCAGAACUUGCUAAUGUCCUUCUUCUCUAUCCAGCUAAGGAUGUCCCUCUGGAACUUGCUAACGUUCUUCUUCUCUAUCCAACCAAGGAUGUCCCUCCGGAACUUGCUAAUGUCCAUCUUCUCUAUCCAACCAAGGAUGUCCCUCUGGAACUUGCUAAUGUCCUUCUUCUCUAUCCAACCAAGGAUGUCCCUCCGGAACUUGCUAAUGUCCUUCUUCUCUAUCCAACCAAGGAUGUCCCUCCAGAACUUGCUAAUGUCCUUCUUCUCUAUCCAACCAAGGAUGUCCCUCCGGAACUUGCUAAUGUCCUUCUUCUCUAUCCAACCAAGGAUGUCCCUCCGGAACUUGCUAAUGUCCUUCUUCUCUAUACAACCAAGGAUGUCGCUCCAGAACUUGCUAAUGUCCUUCUUCUCUAUCCAACCAAGGAUGUCUCUCCAGAACUUGUUAAUGUCCUUCUUCUCUAUCCAACCAAGGAUGUCCCUCCGGAACUUGCUAAUGUCCUUCUUCUCUAUCCAACCAAGGAUGUCCCUCCGGAACUUGCUAAUGUCCUUCUUCUCUAUCCAACCAAGGAUGUCCCUCCGGAACUUGCUAAUGUCCUUCUUCUCUAUCCAACCAAGGAUGUCCCUCCAGAACUUGCUAAUGUCCUUUUUCUCUAUCCAACCAAGGAUGUCCCUCCGGAACUUGCUAAUGUCCUUCUUCUCUAUCCAACCAAGGAUGUCCCUCCGGAACUUGUUAAUGUCCUUCUUCUCUAUCCAACCAAGGAUGUCCCUCCGGAACUUGCUAAUGUCCUUCUUCUCUAUCCAACCAAGGAUGUCCCUCCGGAACUUGCUAAUGUCCUUCUUCUCUAUCCAACCAAGGAUGUCCCUCCAGAACUUGCUAAUGUCCUUUUUCUCUAUCCAACCAAGGAUGUCCCUCCGGAACUUGCUAAUGUCCUUCUUCUCUAUCCAACCAAGGAUGUCUCUCCAGAACUUGCUAACGUCCUCCUUCUCUAUCUCCCUGCCUUUGUAACCCCGUAGCUCAGCCCUUCCUAGACCCCAGGCUCCCAAUUCCCACAACCAUCUGGCCAAAGGAACGUUGGCGUGGCUCCUCACACCACCUUAAGAGGCUGAAGUUGGUCAAGGUCACCUCUUUUCCGUGAACAUUCCUGGAUCUGCCUCUUAUUUUCUCCUAAAAAAUUGGAGGUUUUGGCAGGUCACUCUCUGAGACAGAGGGAGGCGUGAACCUCCAUUCUCUCCAGCUGGAGGUUCAGUGAAACGAUGGGCGACGUUUCUCAAUCUUGGCCACUCUUAAGACGGGGGGGGGGGGACUUCAACUCCCAGAAUCCCCCAGCCAGAAGUUCCCAUGGUUGAAAUACUCUUAAUCCCAGAGUGAAACCUUUGCCUCGGUUCUGGUGCUAACACACAUACAGACAUAAACACACAAAGACACACACACACACACACACACACACAUCCCAUCUUCAGUUGUGGUUCUGCAGUUUUCAGUUCUGUAAUCUCUUCCUGAUCCCCAGUGUGAAUUUUCUCCUAUCAGUGUCUGGCCCACCCACCCCUUUGAAAGAUCUUCUGUCUGUCUAAUAAAGUGUGCAAACUUCCUGUGUUUUGCUGUGGGGAACCAGUUUUAAUAAAUCUCUCUCUUUGCUUUGAGA